AUGAGAUUUUGCUUAUCUUCAAGUCUGAAGCUUUCUCUUGUGAGUCUUGUUCUAUGGUUCCUCUUUGUUUCCUGUGAUGCGCUUGCCUCUAAAGAAGUUGAAGCUCUUAGGAGAUUUAAGGAAGCUAUGUAUAAGGACCCUUUGCUAGUUAUGUCUGAUUGGAAUGUGCCCGAUUCGGAUCCUUGUGAUUGGAACGGCAUUAAAUGUUCUCCAUCCAAGGAUCAUAUUAUCAAAAUAAAUAUAUCGGACACAUCGAUGAGAGGGUUUCUUGUGCCACAACUUGGUCAGAUAAGCAACAUGCAAGAACUGAUCCUGCGUGGGAACAUUCUAAUGGGGACAAUACCGAAAGAGAUAGGGAAGUUGAAGAAACUCAAGAUCUUAGACUUGGGAAACAAUCAUCUAACAGGACCGGUUCCAGCAGAGAUUGCGAGUUUGUCUAAGAUUGUGAUAAUAAACCUUCAGUCCAAUGGUUUAACAGGAAAGCUGCCUCCAGAGAUUGGAAAUUUGAAGCAUCUUAAAGAACUUCUUAUUGACAGGAACAGGCUUCAAGGAAGUAUUCCUGUUGCUACAGCAACAAAAAAGAAUGUUUCAAAUCCAAGUGCAGACAACACUGGUCUGUGCAAGUCUCCUCAUUUGAAAGUGUCGGAUUUCUCCUACAACUUUUUCGAUGGAACAAUCCCGAGUUGUUUGGAUUACCUUCCAAAAACGAGUUUUCAAGGAAACUGCAUGCAAACCAAGGAUGUUAAGCAAAGGUCUUCUUCAGAAUGUGCUGCAAUCGUGGCCAAGAAGAAGAAACGACCUAUGUGGCUUCUGGAUUUCGAGAUAGUCACAGGAUCAUCGGUCGGUUUGCUCUUUGUGGUUGUAAUUUUCUCUGCAUGUAGCUUGUGCAACAUAAAGCGCUCUCUCAUCGUUCCCUGGAAGAAACCUGCAAGUGCAAAGGAGCAGUUCACUGUCUAUGUUGAUUCUGAAAUGCUGAAGGAUGUUUCAAGAUUCACAAGACAAGAGCUAGAGAUGGCGUGUGAAGACUUCAGCAACAUCAUUGAUUCUUGUGCAGAUAGUCAGAUUUACAAAGGAACGAUCAAAGGCGGGACUGAGAUUGCAGUGAUCUCUCUCUGUGUUAAAGAAGAAGAUUGGACUGGAUAUCUUGAGCUUUACUUCCAAAGAGAGGCUGCGGAUUUGGCUAGAUUAAACCAUGAAAAUGCGGGGAAAUUACUUGGAUACUGCAAAGAGAACAAACCGUUUACAAGAAUGCUUGUUUUUGAGUAUGCAUCAAACGGGACACUAUACGAGCAUCUCCACUAUGGGGAAGGGAGUUUAGUGUCGUGGGCAAAACGCAUGAAAAUCGUUGUAGGCAUCGCGCGUGGUCUCAAGUACCUUCAUACUGAACUCGAUCCUCCACUUACAGUCUCUGAGUUGAACUCAAAUGCAGUGUAUCUCACUGAAGAUUUUACUCCCAAACUAGUUGAUUUUGAAUGCUGGAAAACGAUUCUGGUGAGGUCAGAGAAGAACUUGAGGGACAUCAGUAGUGAAGGAGCCAUAUGUGUACUUCCUAACGCGAUGGAGCAUCGAGGUCUGAAUUUACAAGGGAACAUCUACUCAUUUGGCAUACUCUUGCUGGAGAUUGUGAGCGGAAGACCUUACUGCCAAGAAAGAGGUUGCUUGGUUGAAUGGGCAAAGGAGUAUCUUGGUGCAACAGAUGUGAUGGCUGGUUUGGUUGAUCCUGAGCUGAAGCAUUUCAACCAAAAGGAACUCGAGGCGGUAUGUGAAGUGGCGAGCCAAUGCUUGAACUUCGACCAGGAUGAUGAAGACAAGAACAAGAAGACUUGUUUGGUUCAAGAGCUUUAUGAGACAUUAGAGAGUAGAAUCAGCUUGUCCAUUUCGGCUGAGCUCAGGUCGUCUUCUUUGGCAUGGGCCGAACUCGCGCUGGCUUCGCCUUCUAAUGAAGAUGGAGAUGAAGAGGAAAGGAGUAAAUACCCAAAUAAACACUGUAACUCUUUCAAAUAA